CUCUUAAAGUUGUUACACCACCAUCAGCAUGAUCAUGAAGCUUUUCGGCUGGAUGCGGAAUGGGGGACAGAACACAAAUGUUGCUCAUAACAUAAUUAAGCCAAAACAAGAGUUUUGUGAUGGGUUGCUGAGGAUUGGAAAACUCGAGAACGAGUUGACAAAACUGGUGCCAACAAAACCUGCUGCAGCUGAUCAUGCAGCAGCAGCAGCAGACAUUGACCGCACCAUUAAAGCUAUCAUUGGUAGAUGCAAAGAUAAAAAGGCAAUUGGGAAGAAAUCAGUUUCUUUUCUUUUCAAGAAAUUUUUUGUAGCAAUUCCUAGUUUUCAUGAUCCACUUCCAGAAUCAAGAAUGGAAACGCUACUAAGGGCCAUGCUUAACAACCCUCAAGCAUCAUUACCAAGAAAGCACUCAAUUCAAGGGAAAGUUACAGAGGAUCAUACUGGGUCAAAAUGGGUCAAAAUGGGUCAAAACUGAUUCCGAAUAUAUCGUUCUAGAGAUAUGAAACUUGUAAGAGACAAGAGGUGUAAUCCUUUUCUUGCUUAAUUUUGAGGUGAACUUGCCUUGUUUUUUUUCUUGGAGAACAAUUAAGGAGGGAUAUUGAAUGACCAAAAGUUGAGAUAGAUCUUGUUUGUUUUUUCAGGCUUGUAUCAAUUUUCAAGGGUUCAGAUGCAUGUUAAGCUGUAUUAUAUAUGUGAAAAACUUAACACAUUCAAAUCAUGUUUAAUUUGUUUGUUUUUAUAUAUGGUAUGACCUCUAUUUGCAUUCCUUUUCCCAUCAACACAACCAUAUUAUGUAUUUUCU